GGGGAGAAGGGAGCAGAGGACAGGUCCCGCGCGGAAACGUGGCCUUAGAAGCCGCGCGUGGAAGUUUCAGGGGGCGGCUCCCCGGGAACCAGCCCCGUGACCUUGCCCGUGACCUUGCCCGUGACCUUGCCCGCGCCCGGCGCAGUGCACGCGGGCAGCGCCCUGCCCGCCCCCCUUGAGGCCGGGCCGGGCCGGGCUGGGGCGGUGCGAGCCCGGAGCAGCGAGUGCGAGGCGCUGCUGGGCCCCGUGCGCACAGAGACAAUGGGGAAGCUGGCGACGCUGACCCUGCUGGGGGCCAGCCUGGCCUUCCUGGGGCAGAGGUUUUCGGCGUUUAGAGAAAGAAUGAACGCAUCUCGCGAAGUGGAGCCGGUAGAACUCCAGCACUGCCACCUGAUUGAGAAACUCGAAAAUGGCUCUGAAGAUAUCGAUAUUCUCCCUACGGGGCUGGCUUUUAUCUCUACUGGAUUAAAAUAUCCAGGCAUGCCAGACUUUGCACCAGAUGAGCCAGGAAGAAUCUUCUUGAUGGAUCUGAAUGAGCCAGCCCCCAAGGCACAAGCACUAAAGAUCAGUGAUGGAUUUGACACAGAGCUGUUUAACCCACAUGGCAUCAGUACUUUCAUCAACAAAGAAGGCACUGUGUACCUUUAUGUGGUGAAUCACCCUCACAUGGAGUCCACCGUGGAGAUAUUUAAAUUUGAAGAACAGCAACGAUCUCUUGUACACCUGAAAACUAUAAAACAUGAACUUCUCAAAAGUUUGAAUGACAUUGUGGUGGUUGGACCUGAACAAUUUUAUGCCACCAGAGACCACUAUUUUACCAACUUCUUUUUGGCACUUCUUGAGAUGUUCUUAGAUCCUCACUGGACUUACGUCGUGUUCUACAGCCCAAGCGAGGUCAAAGUGGUAGCCAAAGGGUUUGGUUCUGCCAAUGGAAUAACAGUCUCACGGGACCAGAAGUAUAUCUAUGUAGCUGAUGUAACAGAUAAGAACAUUCAUGUAAUGGAAAAACAAGAAAACUGGGAUUUAACUCAACUGAAGGUAAUACAAUUGGAAACCUUAGUGGAUAACCUGACUGUUGAUCCUGCCACGGGAGAUAUUUUAGCAGGAUGCCAUCCUAAUGUUCUGAAGCUGCUGAACUAUGACCCUAAGGAUCCUCCAGGGUCAGAGGUACUACGCAUCCAGAAUGUUUUAUCGGACAAGCCGACGGUGAGCACUGUCUACGCCAAUAAUGGUUCUGUGCUUCAGGGCAGCUCGGUGGCUUCGACGUACCAUGGGAAAAUUCUCAUAGGCACUGUGUUUCACAAAGCUCUUUACUGUGUGCUCUAGACUUCAGAUGUCCCAAAAUCUCUAUAUGAUUUGUCAUGUUAUGAUAAGUUUAAAAGGAGUGCAGAGAAAUUACAUAAUAGUCACCAAAUGACAAGUUAGGUGAGCGACAGUCCACCAAGAAACCAGAGUGCACCUCGCUGUCAAAUAUCUCCAGUAUUCUUCUACAAUAAGAACUGUGGGCUGUGGCCAUGGAAGUUGCUGCCUCACUAAGAGCCUUUGAUAAUUGUGGCACAAUUGCCUUCAACAACUGUGAUACUGAGUCUCCAGCACUCCAGUCCAGAAGAAAAGUCAUGCUCAAGAAGCUACGAUUUCUCUCCUCUCAGUUUUGGUGGAGACCAACUGCUAAUCGAGUGCCCCUGCGUUCAGCUAAAAGCAGGAAUUAGUAUGAGACUGUCCAAAGCCAUGCAUUCUUAGGGCUGGGAAUGUAGCUCAGCAGCAUAAGCGCCUGCCUGGCAAGAGCAAGGUCCUGGGUUCGAUUCCCGGUACCAAAAAAUAAAAGCAAAAAAGCCCAAAGCCAUACAUUCUCCCCAAGCGCAGGGGCAUCCCAAUCAGAGAAAUUUGCCAGAUACAUAGGGCUGAUGGGGUCAUUUGUAGUAGAUCUUUCUUUGUAUUGAUACUUGUGCAUCAAGUACUGCUAAUCCUGCUCUGCUCUGAAUCGUGAAAUGCAGCCUUAGGGCAGUUAUCUUGCACCGCUUUCAGCUUGCUCUGCUGCUCAUUUCAAUAAGCAUUUACUAAGCAACCUCCUGUAUACUUGGCACUAAUAAACCUGAAAUGAAUAAGA